AUGGCUCCGGACCCCUGGCUUUCCCUGUACGAUGCCGCUUGUCAGAUCGCCCAGGAGACCGCGGAGAGAAUCCAGGAGCGUAACCGGUACCAGAGGAACGGGGAGAACUCUGCCAAGCUCAACGUGGUGAUCAGGUCCUCGCUGCAGACCCUCAGGGAGAAGAUUGAGCAGCUGAAGGAUUUGCUGCUGAGGGCUGUGGCCACCAGGCAGAUCACACAGCUGGAGGGAGACAGGAGGCAGAAUUUGGUGGACGACCUCCUCACACGCCAGAAGCAACUGCAGGCAUCCUAUCAGAACGAAGGCACAGAGCCAGAUGUGACAAGAUCUAGCCUCAUGACUGGAGGGGUCAAACGUGGUGUCACCAACCCAUGGCUCUUGGAAGAAUCAGAGGAAACCCGAGGGCUUGGCUUCGAUGAUCUCAGGCAGCAGCAGCGGAGGAUCAUAGAAGAGCAAGACGCUGGGCUCGAUGCUCUUUCUUCCAUCAUAUCCCGGCAAAAACAGAUGGGGCAGGAGAUUGGGAAUGAGCUGGAUGAACAGAAUGAGAUCAUCGACGACCUGACGAACCUGGUGGAGAACACCGACGACAAGGUCCGCACCCAGACGCGGCACGUCAAGCUGGUGGAGAAGAAGUCAACCUCCUGCGGGAUGCUGGUGGUGAUCGUGCUGCUGCUGAUCGCCAUCGCCGUGGUGGCUCUCUGGCCCACAAGCUAA